CCAGCGCCUCUGUUUCCCCUCCCGAAGCGGCGGCGAAGCGGCAGCCCCCCAAAUGGCCUGGCCAGAUGCGGCAGGUCUGCUGCUCAGCGCCGCGACUGGAGGAGGCUCCGUGCGCCAGCAGCAGCAGCAGCAGCGCCCGCCCCGCUGCGCCUCCCGAGCAGCCGCAGCCCUGCAGCCCGGACAGCAGCCGGCGCCGCAGCAGCCGCCGCAGCCGACGGCAUGAGGCGCGAUCCGACCCCCGGCUUCUCCAUGCUGCUCUUCGGGGUGUCUCUCGCCUGCUACUCCCCCAGCCUCAAAUCAGUGCAGGACCAGGCGUACACCGCGGCCGUGGUGGUGGAGGGAAAGGUGCAGGCGCUGCCCCCCGCCGGCAGUGGCAAUGGCACCCGCGAGCCCCCUGCCUCCGCUGGGGGGGUCCUGGUGAAAGUCUUGGACCUGUGGCCCCGCAACAGCGGGGGGCUGCAGCGCGAGCAACUGAUCAGCGUGGGCAGUGCGGGCUCCCCGGCGCCCUGCUUCAAAGUGAAGAGGAACCACCGCUACAUCUUCUUCCUGGAACCCACCGAGCAGCCCCUGGUCUUCAGGACAUCCUUCGCCCCCCUGGACACCAGCGGCAAGAACCUCAAAAAGGAUGUGGGCAGGAUCCUGUGCGCAGACUGCGGUGAGUUGCCUGGGGCUGGGGCUGCCUUCCUCUUCUCUACCGUCUACGGCUGUUGCAGGAAUUAGUGGGGGUUAGUCUGGGUGUGUGGGGUGUCGGAGGCUGCUGGGGGCCAGGCAGAUGGGAAUGGACAGCCAGCAGACUCCCUCUGCCUAGCGCACCACCAAACAGUUUGGGAACUGCGUUUGGUGGCUGGCAUGUGCUGCUGGAGACCUGCCAUCCCAGCAUCGCCCCGAGGUUACACGUAAAAAAAAAAAGAAGUUUAGUGUUUGUCGUGUGUUUGUUGUGUCUGUGGGGUUCUGAGUCAGGAAUAGGUACCUGAACCUGGAGACCGUUUGUCUCUCCCCUUAGUGACUGGGAAAUGCUGGCAGGCUUGAUUUGGGGAGGUGAGACUCGAGGGGAGCAGGUGCGGGGGGGGGGAAUUGAAUUUGAUUUGCUGAAUAUGACUUGCUCUGUUUUAAAAACUCCUGAUCUGCAUGUUGAACGCUGCUUCUCCUAGUGUAAGGCAGGCACGCAACUCAUGUAAACAACGCCUUCCUCGCUGCCCCAUGUCAACAGCCACAGAAAUGUAACUCGAGGGUUGCAAGCUGACUUUCUCGGUGGCUGUUUUUCUAUAUGUGGAUCGUUUCUGUUCCGGUGGGUUGUUCUGCUUUCUUUUUUUUUUGAGAGAGAGAACGCUAGCCAACUCUUGUGAGGUGAACCCCAUUUGUGUCUUUGAUCUUCGAUUUCCUUGAAGAGUGCGAAUGCUGCCUGGAACAGAAUUUCUUUCAGUUGUGACGAUGACCUAUCCUGGUAACUUACUCCUGCUGGACGUUGUCAAUUGUGCUCUAACACCUCAAUGGCAAUCCGUAUUGACUGCAUCCAUCACCUCUAGGCUGGUUGCAGUACAAGCAUGCAGGUGAUUAGGGAGAUAGCAUCCAGGGUUCUGGUGGAACGGUGCAGCUGCAUAACACGCUCCUUGGUGUCAGAAAGUCAAAUAAACACGAGCUGAUUUGAUACAAUUUGCGACUGAAUUCAGAGUCUGUUUUGAAAUUGGAUUUCGCUGUUCUUUUUGUUUGUGCUUCAGUCGCAUUAUAGCUCACUAAAGUAUUUUGUUGUCAGUCUCUUAUAUUUUUCAUAUUUAAUGUUUCUUUUUGUCCUUGCUUUUCUUUGAUAACUGCAGCCAAUCUACUGAAUGAAAGACCUUGUAAUAGCAUGAAUUUCUGGCCCCAUUAACUCUGUAGCCCCUAAAUUGCAUCCGAUGCACUGCUUUCCUACAGCAGAUAACAUGUUUAUAAAUGCAGAGACAGAUAUUUUGUUGACAUGUGUAUGGAUUUUGGAAUAGACUGGCUAGCAGGGAUGUGCAAUAACUAUUGAAAAGUUUGGCAUCUGUCAAAAUGGUGUUCUAAUUUUCUGAAGUUUUUUCUUCCACCAUAUUUAGUUUUUCUUAAAGUAACAAAUUGUGUUUGUUCUGUACUGUAUAAAUACUCUAUAUCUUAGACUUCAUCACAUUAUUUUCAAAUACAGAUGUCAAAUUAGUUCAACAGGAAAGUGUUGGUUUAUUUAUUACUGCUUCUUGCCCUGGAAUUUCAUUAUUGCCGUCUAGAAAAGCUGGUAUAUGGUUUUAAAAUUUCAUGUUUUGAUGAUCUUUGAUUUUUUUUGUUUGCAUUGAAUGAUUUUGACUAGGUUUGGAAUGUGAGCUUGGCCCUUAGUUUGGCUUUAAUUCUCAGACACCACACCACCACACCAUGGCCCAGGAUGUGGUGAGAACCCUGUGGUGCAGUGGAAAAUGAACAACGAAUUUCUCCUUAGGACAGAUUCCAAUUUGGUCAAUGAAUUAUAAAUAUAUGCAAUGCAUAUCUCAAGAUGAUUCAGAUUCCCUAUAUAGGUACUCACUCAUCAGGUUAAUAGACCUUUUUCCCAUUAAAGGCUAUGUGACAUGCUAGUUAUACUUAGCUCUAUAAUGAACAUUUAAUAGUUUUUUUUUAAAGUAGGCUUUUCUGGGGCAAAUCCUUUGCCAUUCAAGAGGCAGGCUCUGUCUGCUCUUUAGCUAUUAUCACAAAGAGAAGUUUACAAUUGCAAUUGCUGGGAGAGAGAGAAGAAACCUCACAUAUAAAUUGCUGUUGAGAAGAAUGGGCUAAGAACAUAAAUAUCAGGAGACCUGUAGUUAAUUUAUGUAUGUAUAUAGACCAACAUGAACAUAUAACAUUUAGUGAAAUAACUGUCACAAAAUAAAAAAGUACAUACCAUGAAGAGUACUGGUAAAUUUCAUGGGGUUGUCAUCUGGAGUCAGAUGGUACCACAUCAGCAAGUAGGUUGCACGUUUUAGUCCAUCA